AUGAAGACCGCCAAGCCACCAGCGCCUGAAGGCGUCACUGGUUCGAGCCGCAGACAGCCGGUGCGCCAGACGCGAGUCAAUCCACCGCGCACAUCCUCUCUCAAUCGCAACAACCCGCUGGCUGGCGCUCCUGCCUCGGAGCAGCCCAUCAAUAUCCUGCCCGGGGUCACACACUUUGCCGAUGCAAUCACGGCUCUCCCCAGAGAACUAGUUCGGCAUUUCACACUGCUCAAGGAGGUCGACGCCAAGAUUUUCGCGCCGGAAGCCGCUCUCCUCCAGCUCCUCCACGACGCCCUCAACACGCCGCCCCCAGACCUCUCCAGGCCGGUCAAUGACGCGCUGAGCAGCACCGCGUCCGUAUCGGCGCCCAUGAGCACCACGGGCCCGGCCAAUCCGGCCGCGCCGCCCUCCGAUGCCACAACCAGCAGCGUGUUCGAUCCCGCCAACAUUCCUCGCCGCACUUUGUUUCGCGACACGGCGCUGAAAAUACAAGAAAUAUUAGUGUCGCUGGAGGAGAAGAAUCAUGUUCUUGCUACUGCCAAUGACGCCUUGCAGAAGCAGCUGGCUCGCAUUGAAGACAUCUGGCCCCAUCUCGAAGCCGAGUUCAGCGAGGAGGCCAAAUGGGGCAGCGCUACCCACUGGGCAUACGUGGAAAACAGGCAGGCCAAAGCAAACGACAAACAGGCCGAGCGGUCGCGCCGCGAAGGCGCCGCGACCCUCUCCGCUGCUGCCCAGGCGCUGGCCGAGGAGGCCGCCGCUCGCAGCAGCGACAGGAAGCAGGCGAUAGCUGCCAAGAAGAACGCCAAAAACCAAGCUGCCGAUGCCGACAGCGACAAGGUGCAAGACUCCGGAAAGAGGGCCCAGGGGACCAAGUCGAGGAAGCCUCUCCCCGACCAUGGGCCGGUGGGUCUCGGCAUUACCUCUGCCCCUUCGGGGGGGGCCUCGGCCAGCAAGAGACGCAAGGUAGCCGAGUCCAAGUCGAAUGGGGCGACUGCUGAGCGCGCGAUGGGCUCGGUAUUUGGCGCAAACUCGACAAGACGGGGGACGACGAGUCCCACGGAGACGCCAGCUCCAGAGGGUGGAAACAAGAAACGCAAGGCGCUUCCUACGUCAAGCAGCCAGGCCAAGAAGAGCAGGACUAACGCCGCCAUGUCGCCGUCCGUCACCUCUUCCCCCGUCGUCGGGGCACUGCCCGACCCUGUCAAACCUGGAAGGGCCUCUCCUGCCCCGUCGGCCACAGCUUCCAGGCCUGCCUCGUCUCGCGCCCGCCAAAACUCUACGCACUCGAAUGUUGAUAACUCACGACAGCGUCUGCCAUCGGUCGCGUCGAACAAGCCGAGUGGAAACUCGCAGGGCACUCCUGAUCCUGCCCAACCAAGCAACGGAGCCAAAACAAGCACGGAUUCUAAGACUCAAAAAGAAGCGACUGUUCCCAUCAUGAACAAGCCGAGCCCGCUUAAGACCGAGACAGAGGAACCGCCAUCCGCUCCGGAGCCCGCACAAGACGACAAUGAUGACAACUCCGCCAGACAGACGGACGAGCAGCCGGCCCAGUCUAACAAGGAGGCGGCCGCCCUCGGCACCCAGUCGACACCAGCUUCGGGGGUAAAGACGAAGAGCGGUCGUGCAAGCAAGCCUUCCACCCCCGCUAUCUCGACGUUUGCCGAGGCUGCAUCGUCGAACUCAUCAGCCACGACAUCCCGUUCCAGGCCGUCGCGCGGCGCAGAGAACUCUGCCAACAAUGCCACCUCAGGAACAGCAGCGAGUAAUCAAAGCAACACCACGACGGCAAAGCGAAGUCAUAAGAAGGGCGCCUCCGUCUCGACGUCAGCCACGGCAGUAGCCCAAGCUGCCGCCGCCGCCACCUCCUCCUCGUCUACUUCCGCCGGCACAUCGUCCUCGGGGGCGUUGGCAACAACAGCAGCGGGGAAGGAUAAAGAAAGGGACAGAGACCGCGGCUCAGGGCCCGGCGUCAGCGCUAGUGGUACUACGCCUGCCGCUUCUGGGGGGAGGAAAGACAAGGCAAACAGCGGCAGUAGUAGCGGCGGCACCGGCAACACCAGCAACAACAACAACGCGGGGGCAAGAAAAGCCGGGGCUGGGGCUGAGAACGAAGACGAUGCCGACGAGGACGAUGACCAGGACGUGGCCGACGAGGACGUGUACUGCUACUGUAACCAGGUCAGCUACGGCGAGAUGGUGGCCUGUGACGGCGAGGGGUGUCCGCGCGAGUGGUUCCACCUGGAAUGUGUCGGGUUGAAGGUCGCGCCGAAGGGAAAUGCUAAAUGGUACUGCGAGGACUGCAAAAAGAGGUUGAAGAUCACCGAGCGGAGGUAG